UGUUUGGAGGAGAUGGGGAAAGAAGAGACAAUGGGUCACAAUUAUCAUAAAAGAACGGAAAAGUUAAUUCCCUCCCAUUUCCUCCAAACACACCAGACCUAGCUAGAUUUCACCUUGUAUUACCGAGGAGGAAGGAGGAAAUUUGAAUAACUCAUAAUCUAAGAACCCUCCAUCCCCUUUCCCCUUGGAUAACCAGCUCCUGUUUCAACUUGUCUACACAGUUGAUAGAGAACCUGUGCCUAGAGUUAGCAGGCUCCUGGAGCCCCAGCACAGGUAUUUGGAGCCCAGAGGCUGCUCUGCACGCCAUUCAUCCACAAGUGUUUCUUUUCCAGUCAGUACCAAAACAGACUGAGCCUACGCAGCCUCACCUCAGUACAUGUUCCGGACUGCUAACAACCACCCCACCCCCACAGCUGGAGGCUUUUUGACUUUUUUUAAGUGCAUGCUCAAGUUUACGUAAGUAAAUCAAACAACAUGGCGAACUGGAUUACAGAAAUGCAAAUUAGAUCAGUAAGUGGAACCGUGCUACAGUCACUUCCUGCACAAAGCUCUCUUCUCCAUUUCACUUGCCGAACGCCCAUUUUGUAACACUGAGGCGGCAGGAGCUGGGCAGGAGCGGCGGGGGAGGGGGCAGCGCCUCCGCCUCUUCCCGGGGAGGACUGGCGGGAAGCGGCCAUCCCGCCCACCCGUUUGGCGGGACGCUUAAAGUGCGCUGGAGCAGCCGGGAACCCCUUGAGUUCCCGCUCGGCACCGCCAUGUCUACCCCUGCCAAGCGGCACUGCCAGAGCCUCGCCGGCUCCCUCGAAUCCAGCUUCCAGAAGCGCCUCAGGAAGAUUUCCAUCGAGGGGAACAUCGCUGCGGGGAAGUCAACGUUUGUCAGGCUGCUGGAGAAACACAGCGAUGAGUGGGAGAUCAUCCCCGAGCCCAUCGCUAAGUGGUGCAACAUCAAGACAGCCGAGGAUGAGUAUGAGGAACCUUCAACAUCUCAGAAGAGUGGAGGAAACUUACUUCAAAUGCUGUAUGACAAACCCACAAGAUGGGCUUACACAUUUCAGACUUAUGCCUGCUUGAGCCGAGUAAAAGCACAAUUAAAACCUCUCUCAGCCAAGCUACAUGAAGCAGAACAUCCAGUGCAAUUUUUUGAAAGAUCUGUGUACAGUGACAGAUAUGUGUUUGCUUCUAACCUGUUCGAGUCUGGAAACAUUAAUGAAACAGAAUGGUCCAUUUAUCAGGACUGGCACACAUGGCUUUUGAAUCAGUUUCAAUCAGAUAUAGAACUGGAUGGCAUGAUCUAUCUCAGAACCACACCUCAGAAAUGCAUGGAAAGGCUACAGAUGAGGGGAAGAAAAGAGGAGCAAGGAAUUGAGCUUGAGUAUUUGGAAAACCUCCACUAUAAACAUGAAACCUGGCUUCAUGAAAGGACUAUGAGAGUUGAUUUUGAGAACAUUAAGGAGAUUCCUAUUCUCGUUUUGGAUGUUAAUGAGGAUUUUAAGAACGAUAAAAUUAAACAAGAGUACCUGAUUGAUAAAGUAAGUAUGAAGUACUGGGGGAUCUGUACCUGCUCUUCUUCUGUAGUUAUCAUGCAUGCAGUGACACUUCCAGAGUGGGGAGGGAAAGUAAACAACCAUUUGAGGAGACAAGUUGGGAAUAAAGAGGUUACUUUAGUCAAAAUGGUGUUUACCAAUUCCAAGGAAAGGCAAGACUUGGGAAGUAAAUGCCAAAAGAAAUUUUGGAGUUGUUUGGCUAGUCCAUGGGGAGAAAAAAAUUCCACCUAAUACUUCAAAGAAUAAGGAAGUGCUCUUCCCUAGCAAACCCUAUAAAAACCAUUUUCUUCAUCUUGAUCUGGGUCAUCAAUUUGAGAUUACUGAAGAAUGACUCUAAGACUAAUUCCCUCAAUUUAACAGCUCUAAAUAAACAGGGAAGGGGAGCCCAAUGAUGAAUUAUGGAGUUAUUUGUCAUUACAUCCUCAUGGAACCCAGCAAUUAAUAGCUUAGUUUUGAGCACUCAGUCAUGCCAUCUACCUUGCCCCUCUGAAAGGCCACAUGCAUUUCAGCUCACUAAUUAAAUACAGGGGCAAAACAUCACUGGAAAACCACAGUAAUAAACAAUUUCUUCCCAAAUAAAGGGAAAAGCCUGGUACAUUAGAUUUUAAUUUACCAAAUAAUACAUGCUUUUUGGUUUUUUGAUAGGUCAAGUCAUUCCUGACUUCUUUAGAAGAUGAAAAUUAAUUCGAGUAACAAGUCCCUGAAGUUGACUCCACAAUCUGUGUGUUUAAAAUUUUACUUAAAACAAAAUGCAUUACCUAUAUAGCUUAUUUUAAAGCAACCCUGAAAUGCAAUAACAUGAUUUGGGGUUAAUUUUUAUCCUUUUACGAGCAGUGUGGCUUUUGAUAAAACUUUUUUGUAUAACUAAAAAGAAAAAAUAUGGGGUGCUUUGAUAGUGGUUGUUUUUUUCUGUAUAUUCUCUGUUGUUUAAUAAAGAUUUAAAAGUAAUAUUGCCUCUCGAGUGACUGUCCCCACGGGGGAGCUCAGCGAGAGGCCGACACCCAGUAAACAGAUAGCAGGCGCUGAGCAGGGCUGUUUUGCAAUAACUGGCACGAGUUCACCAUUUUAAGACGAGACUGUUAUGGCGUCCAGAAACCUUUACUUUCAACUUCUGCUUUACUGAGUGGCCGUUUCCACCGGAUUUACGCUACUUAAAGCUGGACGUUAGAC